GAUGCUGGCCCUGGGAAUAAGUCUGCCUGUUUGAUAACGUGGGAUUGAGUAGCCAGGAGAAAUCUUCAGGUUAGAACGGAUAGGAAAAGCCGAUAUCUCUGUUACCUGUACACUUAGAGAGUUAAUCUGCUUUUUUGACAGGUAGACGUGAGUUUUAUAGACUGACCCAGGCUUAAACCUGUCUGCAGUAAAACAUGGCAGUUAUAUAGUGAAGAUGUCCAUGAGCUCAACAGUGAAAACUACCGGGAAAACAAAAUACCACGUCCAAGUUUUUCCCACCUGCUUAUGCUUUUUUUUGAGGGUGAUCUAGGUCAGAGUUCGCAGCUAUAUAUACGGUGUGAACCAAGGAGAGAGUCUCCAGUUAUCAAAACCCGACCGUCAUAUAGCUACAAAGCCGGAGCACGGAGUGAGUAAGGCGACCGUAAACGAUUGGUCUACCGGCGAAAGCAAUGGGCCGUCUCUGUCAAGCUUAACGGACUCCUCUUUAAUACCUGGGUCGUCCUCGCAGAUCAGUCGGACCUGUGACUGGCUAGGGCUGGGACGGAAUUGCAGCUACGGACACCUGAUUUUCAGACGCGUUAACACUGACAGUGUCACCACUUCUGACUUGUCGAUUUCCUCACACGGCAGAUGGAGCAGUGGAUGGUUAGUUGACCCAUACUCACCUGCCUUAUACCCAAAGAGUGACCAGAACAGGGUGGGGAUGAUCCCGGUGGACACUCAAUUCUGUACUCUCUCUCAUGGACAGAACAGGGGAUUUCGUCACCCUAGGGCAUGGAGCUAGCGCAAACAAAAUCAAGCGGAACGAAGUUGAAUGCAGAACACUAUAAGAGUGUUAUUUAAGUCGAAGCGAGGAGGUAGGAAGACUCAUUUGACAGCAGAGAGGACACCAUGAAGCUGAAGGUACGCAGCCUACUGGCACUUGUUGUCGGAAUCGGCCUUACCUUAGUGAUCUUCUCGGGCAAACUUCUUGGUCAGUUACCGUCCUUACUGAACGCUCAGGUGGGGUCGAAAUACUUGGUAAAGGAGGGUCUGCUCCGUGCUGACCGGGCAUCUAGGGGGUCCGAGGCAGCUCACAUACACUUCCCCAGGAAGGACUUAGACAAGAGCAACUAUACUAGUGAUAAUUUUAGUCCAGAAAAGGACAAAUUGUUUUUUCGUCCAAAGAUAGAUGAUUAUAAUGGCAAACCUUACGAAGAUAUUGCGAUGGGACACGACGAUAAUAUGUUCGGUAAUGAGAAGCCGACGAAGAAGAAAACUACUGAAACUCCACAAAUUAUUUAUUUUAAGCCAGAUAUUGGAACUCAGUUAAAACUGAGGGUGCUAGAAGAUUCUGUAAGACGAAGCCUGCUCAAUGAUGACGAGUUUACGGAGUUCGAAGACGAUCCAUUGUUUGCUUUUACCAAAUGGAAAAUUCCAAAAAGUCCCAGGUUACCGUUGUACAUGGAAUACCCAAGACGGAAUUUGACAAGUUGGGAACGCUUCCACAUCGGUAUCCGCAAGUAUGCUCUGUAUGACCCCGAGGAAGGGACGACAGAAGACCUGAUACGGGACUUGGUUAACCAGGAGAUUAUAGAUGUCGAGGAGAAGAGUGGUGGGACGCAACUGAAGCUUAUUGUCACGUUGAAUAACGAGGGUAUGACACUAUUCAAACCACAAAGAUUUGGACGGGAAUAUGAAACACCUCCCAACCAUUUUUACUUCGUUGAUUUUGAACGUCAUAACGCUGAAAUAGCUGCUUAUCAUUUAGACAGGGUUCUCGGAUUCUAUAGGGUUCCACCAACAGCCGGUCGAAUCGUGAACAUAACACAUGAUCUCCAUCGACUGGCCAAUCAUAAACUAGCGAAGACUUUCUUCGUAUCUCCAGCCAAAAAUCAUUGUUUCCAUGGCACAUGUUCGUAUUACUGCGACACUACGCAUGCUGUUUGCGGGUCUCCGGACAUGUUGGAGGGAUCGUUUGCUAGCUUUCUGCCACCGGAGAAGUUAGCGCCUAGAAAAACAUGGCGGAAUCCCUGGAAACGCUCGUACAGCAAACAUAGAAAGGCAACGUGGGAGGUGUACGACGACUACUGUGACGACGUCCGCAUGAAUCCAUUGUUUAAGACUGGGAGGCGGUUUUUAGACAUCAUGGACCUUACCGUGUUUGAUUUCCUCAUAGGUAACAUGGACCGUCACCAUUACGAAACAUUCCGCGACUUUGGUAACAACACGUUCCUGCUGCAUUUAGAUCACGGCAGAUCGUUCGGCAAGACAAAGCAUGACGAGUUGUCUAUUUUGGCACCUAUUUACCAGUGCUGUUUGAUUCGUCGCUCCACGUUCAUGAAGCUUCUUGGAUUUUACAAAGGUCCUAUACACUUGAGUGACAUGAUGAGAAAGUCUAUGUCUACGGAUAGGAUUGCUCCUGUCUUACUGGAACCGCAUUUAGAGGCCCUCGACCGACGGGUGUCCAUCGUCUUACGGACAAUAUCAGAUUGCCUGGAGCAUGGUAACAGAAUAGACCGAGUUAUUGUAGACGAUGGCUUCUAAAGGGCUCAUGUAUCAACACGGAAACAACGCCUUCCGGAGCGUGGACAUCAAGCGACUUGAAACAAUAUCUGUGGUGUUUGAGAAAGUGCUAAAAGGACUGGCAGUCGCUAAUGACGUUUCCAAAUCGGGGCAUUUCAAAUAUCGAACACGUUUUAAAGCACUCAUGCCUUCAGAAAGAAAUGUAUACGGACGAAUACAUUCCUCAGCCAUGCCAAAUCCCUAUACCCAUGCACCGGGUCAUGUGUUUGGUGCAUGCUAAGUCGGAUAAGAAAUAUUGCGUAGCGCCAAUGAACAAGUGGGCUUUCUGAUGAAUACAUGUGGUGACAUUGACAAUCAGUACAUAUGAGGGUGACAGAUGGAGGCGGGUAUGGGGUUAGGGGGUAAGAGUCGGAGGGAAAACGGCAAUACUCACCUGGCUGAUUAUAUGACACGUGUCACAUAAAUAGUUUUUAAUUUACUUUUUUUUUGACUUAUUGUUUCAUGAACUUCGGAUAAUCACGCUCCAUGCAAUUCCUAACGUACACUGCGAACCCAGCAUAUUUCCAGUAAAUGCAGGUAUUGCUGUACAAGCUGUAAAACCUCAAGGUAUUACCCAGGAACCUGCUAAGUUAUUAUAUAUAUAGUGUCAGCUCAUCGCUAAUAAAUUAUGGAGCCAGAUCACACUUACAUUCAAGCUUAAGCGCUUACGGAGAAAACUUGACAGGUGAACUGGCGGCGUUAACAACAUAUAUAAUGUCAUGUUGCAUUGCUCAAGAUAACACGUAUACGUACCUGUUCAAUACUUGUAUAGUACAACAACGGCAUGAUGUUGGCAUCCACUCAGUGGAAACCCAGCUUCACGAGAUCGCUGUCAUGUUUAUGUUGUGAUCUGCAUUGGCAAUGGUUUCUCGUCAUUCCGUCUAAAAUCUCGAUCAUUGCCAAAAUUCUUCCUUCAUGCAUCUCUGUGGUUGGGUUUUAGACUCGCAUCUUGUCGUACCACGAACUCACGCUCAUUCACUGCACCGGCAGCGCAUUUGCCGUUAUAGGCAUGUCUCGUUUAGCUGUCCUGCGUGAGCUUUUAACUCAGCUCAGUUUAAUUAGGCCUGAUUAUAUUGUGAAUUCUCAGAUUUUCAGCCUGUGGUGUUUGUUUUCGGCUGGCUCUUCAGAAUUGUUAAAAGCCAUCUACGCCUAAAACUGUCUUCCAAACAAUAACGCAGGUUUUCAGAAGUAUCUCUGCACAUCUCCUGUGUUUUUCUUAGAAAACAGUUGUUUUUAUAUUGACUGAGAAUCAUCGGUUAUAUAUAGGGUUUAUUUCAUGUUUAGGUUUCACUGAAUUCAAGGUUUUUUAUUUGCCAGCUGAUGGUUUUGGAAAUAAGUUGUUUUACUCAAUUACGGUUAUAUUGCAGUUAUUUACAGCUAUAUUUAUUACAGUUGUCUUGCACAGAUGCACUGCAUGACGUCGAGAUGACGAAAGGAUUCCGCAAUAACACAGUUCUGCCCGUGAUAAAUAGUUAUUAUGUUUAUGUGUUUAUAUCUUCGUGAAAUUUGACAGAAUAUAUAGGCGUCUUCAUGGGAUCACAGGUUGCAUAGUUGAGUACAAAAAUACUGACUUACGUAUUUAAACAAAAGACACAGCUUCUUGCAAAUGCAGUCAAAGGGCAUGCAGACCUACGCAAGUUAGUCUGAUCGUUGUGUAAUUGUUUAUGUACAAACAGUCCUCGUAAGCAUUCUGUAUAUGUGACACUUCGCAACGCUGUUGCAUAUUUUCGUUGCAUUUUAACUGUGAUUGGUUGAAUGUAUAUUUAUUGUGAUCGCUCGCAUGCUCGCUGUGCGUCACCAUUACGCUGUCAAGAGUGGGAUAUGAUGAAGCUCAAUUCUAGGACAUUGGAACUAUGAGCUAUAUGUAUAUAAAAGGCCUGACUAACAGACUCGCUUUAUGACAAUAUAGUGGCCUUAUUUUUGUAAAACUUAUGAAUUACCAAAAUGUGACUGAUGAAAGGGUUUAUCUGUAUAAAUAUUUAUGAUGGUUUAAAAAAUAAAAUAA